CUAAAUAACCUCGACGCCAAGCUACCUGGGGAGUCUACAAGGAUGGGAAAUACAGACGACCUCGACGCAGCCAUCUCGAGAGCCGAAGAAGCGCUGGCGUCUACUCCCCUCAGCCACUCCGACCGAGCGAUGUAUCUCGCAAUGUAUAUAAGUAACCUCGGGGUCCUCCUAUCCGAUCGAUACCAAAGGAGGGGAAAUGCAGACGACUUGGACGCGGCCAUCUCGAAGGCCGACGAAGCGCUGGCGUCCACUCCUCUUAACCACUCCGAUCGAGCGAUGUAUCUACAUAACCUCGGGAAAGGGCUGGCUUUUAGAUAUGAGAGGACGGGAAAUGCAGGCGACCUGGACACUGCCAUCUCAAAGGCCGAAGAAGCGCUGGAGUCCACUCCUCUAACCCACUCCAACCGAGCGAUGCAUCUAAAUAACCUCGGAAGCUGGCUAGCUGCUAGAUACACGAGGACGGGAAAUGCAGACGACCUGGACGCUGCCAUCUCGAAGGCCGAAGAAGCCGUGGCCUCCAUGCCCCUUAACUCCUCUAGGCGAGUGAUGUAUCUACAUAACCUUGGGAACAGGCUAUACAAUAGAUACACGAGUUCGGGAAAUGCGGACGACUUGGACGCUGCCAUCUCGAAGGCUGAAGAAGCCGUGGCAUUCACUCCUCUUAACCACUUCGACCGAGGGAUGCGUCUAAAUAGCCUCGGAAACUCACUAGCUGCUAGAUAUCAGAGGACGGGAAAUGCGGACGACCUGGACACUGCCAUCUCGAAGGCCGAAGAAGCCGUGGCGUCCACUCCUCUUGGCCACUCUAACAGAGCAAUGUAUCUUAGUAACCUCGGGAUAAAGGUAUUUGAUAGGUUCAAGAGGACGGGAAAUGCAGAUGACCUGGAAGCUGCCGUCUCGAAGACCGAAGAAGCGCUGACCUCCACCCCUCUUAGCUACCCCGGCCGGGCGAUGUAUCUAAGUAACCUAGCGGUCAUCCUAUCAGAUCGAUACCAGAGGAGGGGAAAUGCAGACAACCUGGAUGUGGCCAUCUCAAAGGCCGAAGAAGCGCUGGCGUCCACUCCUCUUACCCACUCCAACCGAGCAGCACAUCUAAAUAACCUUGGGAAUGGGCUAGCUGCAAGGUAUGCGAGUACGGGAAACGGAGACGACCUGGACGCAGCCGUCUCGAAGGCCGAAGAAGCGCUGACGUCCACUCCUCUUACCCACUCCGACCGAGCAAUGCGUCUACAUAACGUCGGAAACUGGCUAGCUGCUAGAUAUUGGAGGACGGGACAUGCGGACGACCUGGACGCAGCUAUCUCGAGGGCCGAAGAAGCCGUAGCCUCCACCCCCUUUAACCAUUCCAACCGAGCGAUAUGUCUACAUAGCUUCGGGAUCAAGCUGUCCGAUAGAUACCAGAGGACGGGAGAUGCGGAGGAUGAGUGCGCGGCACUGGACGCUUUCUUACAAUCUAGUCAAUGCUUGGCAUCGGCCCCUUUGGAGCGCAUUCGAGGUGCCCGGCAAGCUCUUCGAAUCCUCACUAGGAAUGGCCACUGGGAUCAAGCCCACAUUGUUUCAGAGACUGCUGUGAACCUUCUUCCUCGCGUGUGUAGUCGCUUCUUAUCCCGUGACGACCAACUGCAUGCUGUGCGACAGACCUCGGGCCUGGCUGCAGAUGCAUGUUCUCUAUCCCUCCAGAAAGGGGAUGUUGACGAAGCGCUUCGCAGGAUCGAAUUCGGACGCGGAUUCAUUCUCGGAUACCUGAUCGACGGUCAGAGCGAUCUAUCUGAGCUGAAAAAGACGCAUCUGAACCUAGCCAAGGAAUAUGAGCGGCUUCGCUUAGAGGCAUUUCGGCAGGUCGACAGCGACGAGCGAGCAAUCCGAGAGCAGCUGUCUAGAGCGCGCCAAGAAGCCGAACGCCAGUUAGGAGACUGCGAACGCCGGAUCCGCAAGGAACCGGGAUUUGAGCAUUUUCUCCAGCCACCAUCCACAGAAGAGCUCACAGCGUGCGCCAGUGAGGGCCCGAUCGUCAUUGUUAACGCCACGGAUAUUGGCUCUGACGCGAUUCUUGUCCUGCCAUCCGGCCCCAAAGCUAUAGCCCUAACUGAGAUUACUUCCGAGGCUCCCGAGGCUUUCCAGAAGGCUCUCGGAAGGAAUAGAGCGAUCAAUGAUAGAGGUUUCCAGCGGGACAUCGAGAGCGACGUUCAGCCGGAGCACAGCGCCGAGUUUCUAUCAUGGCUCUGGUUAACCUGCGUUAAGCCGGUGCUCCAGGAGCUGGCAUGCUACAGUCCAUCGCCCGCAUCGGAUAAAAUCCAACGAGUCUGGUGGAUUGGGACAGGUGCUGCCAGCUCUCUUCCAUUUCACGCUGCUUGUCAGUAUCACAACGGUCACAUAAAUGAAGCCGAGAGCUGCUUGGGCCAGAUAAUCCCGUCAUACACUCCGACAAUUAAAGCUCUUAGAAAUGCUAGGAAACGUUCGCUAGCAGUGGGGAAGUUCAACAGCAAAGACACUUCUGUCCUGAUUGUUACAAUGCCGACUACACCGGGCCAGAGCGCGCUGAGCGGAGUGGUUCGCGAGCAAGAGGCCAUUGCGGAGACGAUCAAGCAGGCCUAUACCAUCAGACCUCCUCUGCAGCACCCAACUGCCGAUGAGGCGUUAAGAGGUAUUCACGAAUCCGAAAUUGCGCACUUUGCGUGUCACGGAUGUGCAGAUCUCAUGGACCCUUCCAACAGUCACCUACUCCUCCAGAAGAACAGUGAUUCGGGCCCAGUCGUGGACCGACUUACUGUGUCAGCUCUGAUGGGCGCGAAUCCGCAAGGCCGAGCGUGGUUAGCCUAUCUAUCGGCUUGCUCAACGGCGGAGAUCAGAGUGAAGUCUCUCGCGGACGAAAGCAUCCACAUGGCGAGUGCCUUCCAGGUUGCCGGCUUUGCUCAUGUCAUUGGUUCUCUGUGGCCGGCCGGCGACGAAGUCUGCGUCCGGGUGGCCAAGCUUUUCUAUAAAUCUCUUUUAAGACGUAACAGCACUACAGAUCCGAAUCGGGCCGUCGCAGCAGCACUGCGGGACGCUGUGCUACAGGUCCGCAAGGAGCACGGCAGUGGGCCCAGCGUUUGGGCGCUCUACAUUCAUUUAGGAGCUUGAUUUUUUGAUUUCCUAACGAUACUUGUAGAAGG